CCUUAAAUCGUGGCACCACGUGACCGUGUUCCUGGAAAGUUCCUGGAAAUGCUGCCUUUGUGUUUAUGGUGACAUUGGUUCUUAGGCAGCUGCUGGACUCGGUUGUGUCCAACUCUCUGACGGACGUUCGGACGCUCGUUUAGGACCCGCUCGGUGCCUUUCGGUCUCUCCGGUAGCUGCCGGUGCGCGGUUGCUCCCCGGGUGGGACUGGGUGUCAGAGAGACGACAGGGACCUCCGUUUAUCUGCGCUGUAACCCGCCAUUUGUAAAUCGGGAAAGACAAGAAAAUAACGAAGAAGCUACAGCAGCGGAGCGUUUCCCGGGAUUUGGACUAGAAGUGUUAUUGGGGACAUGUCGGGGGCCCCCGGAGGACACAUCGGCGGCAGCGCUGCUGAGCCCGCCGUGACUUUUAGCUAGACAGCAACUAGCAGGACGUAAAGCAGUCAGGUGCGUGUGCUUGUUUUUGUCACCAACAUGUCACCAAAACUCAAACCAGAAUAAAGAAGCUGGUCUCUGAAAGACGUUUGGAGGUUUGUCUUUGCAGAGGUAAGUUACGUAAGUGCUCAGGAAUGUGAGAUAACACAGAGUUAACCUAACAGAGGACAGGAGUAACACACCGAACCCUUCAACAAAUUUCUCAUCUGAAUGAUUUCCACUAUUUACUCAAAUAUAAAAGCAUUAAAGGGACUUCGGCAGAGUGCCCGUCUAAAAUGUUUUAACUUAGUUUUUAUUAUUGCUUUAUUUCUCCCCAGUCUUUAAAACACUUUAAUGAUAGUUAUGGUGAAUAUUGAUUUUUUAUUUUUAUUUAUUUAUUUAUUUUUUAAAGGCCACACAAAUGCCACACCAAGCAGUUUUAACCAGUGGUCAUAAAUCUGGACUUUUUUUGACUGGAAUUUGGUAAGAGAGAAAAAAUACUGCUCAGUUGAAAACCUUCCAGUAGUGAAGAAAUAAACAAUACUCUUUGAUAGACACUAUGUACAUUUUUUGUUUUACAUCGUCAGUCUUUUGGCAUUUUUGACUUUAAAGUUUCUUGUUUUUAGCUGAUGUGUGUUUGUGAUUAUGGUUAAGGUUUAAAGUUGAAAUUCCUUUCUUAUUGUCUCAUAUGAACUUAAAAUUUUUUAAAUAAUGACGAAGAGCCAGGAAAAGAAUGUGAUUUUUGGCUUUUUUGUUUUGUUUUGUUUUGUUUUGUUUUUUUUACUAAUUUCUCUCAGUUUGGACAAAAAAAAAAUACCUCUGCAGAGUUCAGAUGUCAGGUUUUGUUCAAAAACAUUCAGCCUCCUCCCCCAAAAAAUCUACAAAUCUGACACCCAACCAUUUUAAACUAUUUUAAUCAGUUUGGUCUUAAAUCUGCACUUUUUUUGACUGGAGUUUGGUAUGAGAGAGACAGUAUACCUGUUUGUUUUAGUCCUGAAUUUAUUUAUUUACUUAUUUAUUUUGAGGUGAUGAGUCAAUCUCAUGUUUUACAGUCAGCUGAUUGAUUAUUUAUUGAGACAUAAAUUUGCCUCUGUCUGAUCUGUCUUUAUGAGUAAUAUCAUCUUAAAGAUAAAGCUCCUUUAUUUACCGGCUCACGUGAACUUAAAAAACGCUGAAAUGUUGAGAAAUACAACUUUCUCUUUUUGAGUUUCUGGUUAAAAAUGUUUUCAGACUUCAUUCAGGCUCUAAAGUAUUUUUGGAUUAACUUUGUCUUAAAUCAUAACUUUUUUGAGUGGAGUCUGGUGUGCAAGCCUCCUGUCAGAAUUUUCUUCUUCACUGGUUUUUCUUCUGAACUUCCAGGACUUUGACACCGUGGUGUGAGCAGUUGCACCCUGUAGACCUUGUCCAUGUCUCAGCUGUGGGCCUGAAGGUCGGAUUUAUCCAAUGACCUGCCAGUCCUCCGAGUCCACGGAAACCAUAGAGGGUGACAGACGAGCCGACAACAAUACCGGAGCUGUGGAAUCUGACGAGAGCCGCAUUGCCGCUGCCAUGAAGGAGCUCAGAAACACGGGUUGGUACUGGGGCAGUCUGACGGCUAAUGAAGCCAAAGAGAUCCUGCAGGACACCUCUGAAGGCACCUUCCUGCUGCGGGACAGCUCUCAGAGAGAUUACCUGUUCACCAUCUCCGCCAUGACGUCAGCAGGUCCCACCAACCUGCGGAUCGAGUUCAAACACGGCAAGUUCAAGCUGGACUCGGUGGUCCUGGUGAAGCCCAAGCUGAAGCAGUUCAAGAGUGUGGUCCACCUGGUCGAGUACUACGUCCAGCUGUCCAGGAGCAGCGACAAGGCGGCGGCAGCAUCAAACUCUCGGGUCUCUCCGGUGCCGCCUAAUGGCACAGUGCAGCUGCUACUCACCAAACCCGUGUACACCUCCACGCCAACCCUGCAGCACCUCUGUCGCAUCACCAUCAACCAAAGGACACGGCAGGUUCAGGAUUUGCCGCUGCCCAACAGACUAAAGGACUACCUGACGGAUUACGCCUACAAUGUGUAAGGACUGAUGUCAUCUUACCACUGACCGAUCCCAUCGUGUGCUGCUCUACAGGGUCACGCAAUAAGCUGCAGUGUCGAUGUGCUCUGUGAGUCUGCAGCCAAUCACGCCGGAGUCAGAGGGGAAAGGUCUGAUGGAAACGCCGUGUCACAUGACCCCUCCUGACCACAGCUACCUCUCUGCUCUGCGAUGACUUGACACCUCGUCAUCCCCUCACCUUUACCAGAUCAUCACUUUUCAGAACGUCCAUUUUCACCUGAAUCCGUAUGCUGAUUUUUAAAGUGGACCAGAUAAAUCUGAAGUAAGCCCCCCUCCUGGCAUCUUAAGGUAUUAAUGUUUACAGUGGUUAAAGAGUCACUGAUGUUACCAUGGUUCUAUGAAACGUCAUAUUACAAAUACCAUUAUUUAAAAAAAAAAAAAAAGCUUUGUUAUUAAUUUUGCUUGUCGACACUUUGAGUGAUGCAGAGGGGAAAAUGUGGCACUAUUGGGCUGCCCCAGAAUUUAUUUUUAUAAAUAAAAACAAGAAUAUUUUAUUUACCUUCAUGAAAACAAUAAAAAAUAAAUUAUUCUUUUAGUUUUCAGGUUUGCUCUGCAGAUGAAUCACAGAUUUGCACAGGUUUGGAAAACAUUCCCUUUAAAUUACAGCUCCAACUAAAGAUUGGUAGUUGACUAAUCUGUCAAUUUUUCUUCAAUUAGUCAACGAUUAUUUCAGUAACUCUUGUCUCUGUGGGCAAACCUCCUGUUCUAGGCUCCAGGACCUCACCUUCUUAGGUCUGCCCACCUGUGACUGUCACCCUGUUGUCGUGUGAAUUUGAAAAUAAUCAAAUGUAUCUUUAGCAUUACUCAAUAGCACGGUCAGAAUAAAAGUGAAGUGAAUAAAAUAUUAAGGAACAUAAAUUAAAGUGCUACUUUAAACAGAAAAAAGUGUCCAUAAGCUCGAAUAAAGCUUUGAAUUAAAUUAAAAAAUGUAAAAAAGAUUUUUAUUUUUAUUUUUUUUUUUGUUCAGGUUCAAAAUAACAAGUUUCCAAAGUUUACAGAUGACUCAGUUCAUGAAUUCACAACUGCAGUAGACAUGCUCUGGAGUAAAGCUCACUCUUGUCUUUGAGAUGAUGUUCCCAGCUGCUGAUAAACAUGCUGAAGAUGCUCUCUGUCAUUAUUUCAGCAAUUUGAGAGGUGCAUCAGCCUCUUUUCAGAAAUGUACUGGUUUGCUAUUGGAUUUCACUCAUUGGCUAGCAAAACUGAAAUGCUUAGCAAGCGUCAUCCUGAGAGGUUUCUGACAGGUAAGCUAAAAUAAACAUUACUGUACGAACAUGAACAAGGUAUCAAUGUGACGCACUGACUUAACUCUCAAUAACGGACUCAUCAGAGCUGAUGUAACAGCUCUAGGGUGGCAGCGUUUGAAAUGCUCGUGCACUGCAGUCGUGGAAGGAAAGCUCCGUUUAGCACAGUCUGGUUUAACUGUGUUUAAUUUCUGUAAAAUACUUAAACUUUUUUUUUUUUUUUUAAUUUAAUCUCCCUUUCAGUUUACUUCUGUCAUCUGCUUUUGCUGUUCGCACAAUGUUCUUCUUCAUUAGUAGUGAGUGCAGUCUUGCCAGGUCAUAGAGGCGAUGGUGCCCCCUUAGCUUCCUGUAGUGUAUUGCUAUUACAAAAACGCAUUCAUGUGGUUUUACUAUAGGAUGCAUCUUAGUCAACAUCAUCAAUUAUAGCAACGAAUUGUAGCAGGCCUACUUAAAAUGACUUUUUUUGAAUGGAGUCUGGUGUCAGAAGAACAUAAACAGCAAAUUGUGGGCUUCAUGAGUUACUAGCUUUUCUCUUUAUUUCAAAUCUAAAGUAAACAGUGGGUGUCCAGAAGCUGGCCAAUCAGAAGAAAGUAUGCUUUUAAAAGACGAGGACUGAAAUGACUUAACUAAACAAAAUAAAUAAAAACAAAUAUUAAAACUUUAAAAUUAUUUCUUUAAUAUGUUUUCUUUGCUUUUUUAUUUGUAUGACUUUACUUAAAGUAAAUAAGCUUUGAAAAUAUGGAGGGAAAUACAGAGGCAAAAAAGAACAGAAACAAAACUAAAAUAUAAAUGUAUAUUUUUAUUUAAAAUAUUUUUAAAUAAAUUCAAAAAUUGAAAAAAGUGUAAAUAAAACUAAUGGCGGUGUUAAUACAAAAUGAGACAAAUACUGAAAUAUGUCCCAUCUUAUAACUUCAUUAUUUUGUGUGUUUUUAAUAAUUUCAUGCAGAGUUUUGGCCAUGUUGGUCCUCCAUAUGUGACCUCUUUCAACCUGGUCACAGUAAUUUAAGUGUUGAAAAAUGACUAUUAAUCGAUUAUUGAUUAACCUUUUUUUUUCACAUUUUUAAACAUUUGUUAUUGAUCAAGUUAGUAAUUAUUGUUCCCAUUAAGUUAUUGAUUAUUUGAUCAGUGGAAAAAAAAAAAGGAAAAAAAAGAAAAAAAUAUUUUAGACCAAUCAGCGGUUCCAGAUUGAUUUUCUAAUUGAUCUUUGGAUUGAUUAUUCGGCCUCUUCAUGUUGGAAAGUUUCUGUGGAAAUAAUUAACAGAAGGAAAACAAAAAUCAGGAAAUAGAAUAAUUUUCCAUUUUUCUCCACCAUUCAGAGCCUGCCAGUCCCACCUGUAAACACAAGUAAACAGAGCCUUCUGAUUGGCCGACAUACAGCCUGUGACAGUGAACGCUGGUGAGGCGGAGAGUCGAGGUGUCCUCGUGGACGUUCAGAAUCAAAACAAGCUCCUCAGACUUUGUACCUGCAUGUAGUAAAUACUCAGUUUACAGCUCUGAGCCAAUCACAGUGUAAGAAAAGGUGCAGGACCUGUUAAUUCUGUAGCAAGGAGACGGAAAGGCACACUUUCAAAGCUCAGUUCAUCAAAUAACCUCGGUCUGCAGCAAUGAACCAGCUUCAGGCUGUGUGAAGACCUUCCAACCAAACUCAAUUUAAAUAUCCUAUGUUUUUAUUACCAGUAUCAUGGUCUCCUAAAUUCAGCACAGACACUAAGACCUGGUUAAAAAAUAUGUUUAUAUCUUUACUUUAUUUUACCAGGAAGUCUCACUGACACCAUAUCUCUAGCUUCGAGCCCUUACUCAGGAAGGAACCUUUAACUACAAUUCAGCCAAACUCAAUUCAAAAAUCUAAAUAUAUCCUGCUGGUGUUAGUAGUUAGUCCGGUAAAUUCAGCACCAUCUUUGUUGUUGUCGUCAUCAUAAUCAUCAGGGUUUUUCCUGCUUACAAAAAGUUCUUGUUUUACCCCCAGUGUAAAAGAAAAAUCCCCAGAAAUGUGGUGCAAGCGGGUGUGAUUUGGAUUAAACGGUCUUAGUCUCAAAUAUGUCUCCAAACAAAACAAAACCCGCUGAACCACCACAUUUCACAAACAUGUUCAGUCACACCGACCUUGACCAAACCUCAGAAAUUCAAAUUCAUUUUACAUCUUCAUGACUGACUGGAGAAUGUUUAACAAACCCUGACCAAGCCUCAUUAAAAAGCUUUUGUUUUUAGGAUUCAUAUUCACCCACCAGUGUUGAUGGUUAAUGCUGAGUCUCUGGAGCACAUUUAACCAAACUUCAUUCAAAAAUUGCAUUUUUUUUGGGGGGGCCUGUGGAGUCUUGUGGUUAUCUCAUUAAUCCAACAGACAUGCAAGCACUUAAUUUAAUGAAAAAAAUCAGUUAGUCAUGGAUUCAACCUGUUUGUUACCGUAGAAACGAAGGUUACACAAGUGACCAUGUUAUGUUUUGAUCAAGUUGUCCCUGAUCGGGUACGGGGCGUCGACGCUGCAUGCUCACGUUCUGUCACCUUUCUUUAGAAUCAUUUUCAAACAUCCAAUCACAGCUCAGCAUCGGCCAAGGAGAAGGGGCAGAGCUGUUUGGUCAUAUAGCUGCUCAGGUAAACAGGGUGUGUCCUGUGUUGUGUGUAUAAGGAGGGCCAAUCAGGGUGUUUGUUUGUGCUUCAGCCUUGAUAUCUGACCAGUUCCAUGAUGAAGAUGACAAAGAGCAGCUGAAUUAAGCAUGGAUGCGCCAAGCAGGCAGGGCGUGUGCGCGUUCUUGUACAUAUCGCAGCCCCUGUGAUUUGAUAAAGUAUUUAUUGAUCGUGUCUGUAUUUCUGGUAUGUUUCUGAAGCAUGUAAACGAUGAACUGAUCAGCUCCCACCAGGAGAUCAAUAAAUUUUAUAUGGUGCCUCAUCAAUAAUGUCUCACUGCUGCUUAUACUUCAUGCUGUUAUUGAUUCACACCCACAGGACAAAACUAUGGAAGCCCAGGUAUGUGUGUAAUAAAUGUUUUUUUAUCAUUUAUUGAAAGGAAAAAGCUGAAUAUCUUCAUUAAUAAUCAGAUUUUUUUUAAAUAAAAACAUAACACAAAGAAACAAAUGAUGCUAAUAAAAUCUCUCUGUUAAAUUUUGUUUCUGUGGUUAGUUUAUGAAGGCCCAUUCUUUAUGGAAGCCUGAGUGUGCCAGGAAACCUGAAACGUGUUUAUAGACUGGUCAUAUUUGUUGUUGAAGUUCUUCUAGCAAGAUCUGCUGCAAGUUAUUCCAUUCAUUUUCUAGAUUUGUAGAAAUAACAAAUGUUCAUGAUUAAACUUCCUGGUGCUUUAAAUUAAAGAUGUAAAAAUUUAGAUUCUUUUCCCCACAUUUUUAAAUGUGCAAAUGAGAACAU